UCUUCUCCUCAAUUUUGCAAUUCGAUCUAUUCUUCUUCUUCUUGAUCUUGUUCUUCUCCCGAUUCUUUAACUGGGCGAUCUGUUCUCUGUUCGAAACAUUCUUCAGCUCUGUAGUCUGCUGCGAAUCCUCUGUUUUUGUGCACUUGGUUUUCUGAGUUUCUCUACAAUCCGAGAAGUCGGCCUUUUUCCAGCUGGAAAUUCUGUCCCCUUUCGCUCUCGAUUUCUUCGUUCUCACUCGUAUUUCCUGAGGAAAACAGGAUUACCUUUUGUUUUUGGUAAUCCUGUCUUCUUUCCCAGUGUUUUCCCUCACUCUGUAAUUCCUCUGUUUUUCCUUUGAUAGAGGGUUUUGACAGAACUCUGUUUCAAAAAUGGAUACUAUCCUUCAGAAUCUUCCACCAGUCACUUACACCAACCUCAACGACGGUGGAAACAUUCCCUCCUCACUAUCGGAGCUCAUUCUGAAAGGUUUCGGCUCCAACACUCUCGAUUUGAUCUUCUCGAACUCCGACCGAACAAAUUCAACCACUGAUAACACCCCAAUUCGGGAAACAUUGGGCUCUUCAAUCUAUAUGCUUCACAGAGAUCUUAUGCAAAAGUUUUGCAACCGGAACAAUUCGAACAUGUAUCUGACUCAUGCUGCUUCAGUACCAGCGUCUCAGCACUAUGACAACAUGAGCCCGUACCCUGUUCCACCGAAGAAGAAGAUGUACAGAGGAGUGAGGCAGAGGCACUGGGGGAAAUGGGUGGCAGAGAUCAGACUGCCCCAGAACAGGACUCGAGUGUGGCUGGGGACCUACGACUCAGCCGAGUCUGCUGCCUAUGCGUACGACCGGGCCGCGUUCAAGUUGAGGGGCGAGUACGCGCGACUGAAUUUCCCCGAGCUGAAGCUGAAGGACUUGAAGGACUUGAAGGAGUCAGGGCUAGCUGACAGCAAAAAGCUGAACGCCGUGCGGAGCUCCGUGGACGCAAAGAUCAACGCGAUAUGCCAGAAGGCAAGGAAGGAGAGAGUGAGGCGGAGCACGAGGAAGGGCGAGGGGUCGGCAACGCAGGCCACGUCUUGUUCAUCGUCACCGUCAUCUUCAUCUUCAUGGGGGAGUGAAGUGAUGCUGUCCCCGAGUUGCUCCGAAGAAGAGGAGAUGCGGAGGCUCGUGAGUUCUAAUCCGUCCGUCUCAGCCGGUUCAACCGGGCCGGAAUUGGUGCUCGACGGCUGUUCGCUCGAGACGAUGCCAUCUUUCGAUCUGGAGUUGAUUUGGGAAAUUCUUGCUAAUUGAAAGGCGGGUGAAUCUGUGAUUGAGGAGUGAUGUUGCUGGGUAGAUGAUCUCUGGAAGUCGUGCCAAAUUGUAGAUUGAAAAGUGUCGGUGUAGCGGCUUAGCUUUUGCUUUUCGUCUUGGAGUUCGAACAGGGAAUUAGCUUUGGUAGGGAGUGAUGUUCUAGAGUCAUAUUGAUAUUGGACUGUCAUAUUCAUCAAUUAUCUGUCAUUACCUCGAAUUAUCAUAGUCCUUUGCUGAA